AUGUUCCCCGAGCUCAACAGCCUCCUCGAUGCCUCCCCGGACCGGCCGGAAUCGGGGAAGCUGACUCUGCUCUGUGACGCUAACACCGAUGGCAGUUUCCUUGUCCACCACUUUCUCUCCUUCUACCUCAAAGCUAACUGUAAGGUGUGCUUUGUGGCUCUCAUUCAGUCCUUCAGUCACUACAACAUCGUGGGACAGAAGCUGGGUGUCAGCCUGACCUCGGCCCGGGAGCGCGGGCAGCUGGUCUUCCUGGAGGGGCUCCGGUCGGCGGUGGACACCUUCUUCCAGGCUGAGGGGGAGGCACCCGCCCUGCGGUUCCUCAGGGAGGCCACGGCCGGCAGCCUGCAGCCGCUGUUCCAGUUCGUGCGGGACGCCCUGGACCCCGGGGGCCCGGGGGCGGCCGCCUGGGGGCGCCCGGUGCUGCUGGUGGACGACCUCAGCGUGCUGCUGAGCCUGGGCGCGGGCGCGGGCGCGGUGCUGGACUUCGUGCACCGCUGCAGGGCCCGCGUGUGCUGCCGGCUGCAGGGAAACAUAGUGGCCCUGGUGCACUCGGACGCCGAGGACGAGGAGAGCGAGCUCCUGCUGAACGGCCUCAGUCACCAGAGCCGCCUGGUCCUGCGGGCCGAGGGCCUGGCCACCGGCUCCUGCAGGGACGUGCACGGGCAGCUGCGGGUCCUCUGGCGGACACCAUGGCCGCCCGCCGCGCGGGGUCGGAGCCUCACCUUCCAGUACAAGAUCCAGGACAAGAGCGUGUCCUUUUUUGCCAAAGGAAUGUCGCCUGCGGUCCUGUGA